UAGUGUAAUGUAUUGAAAUAUUCAUUGUUAUGGUGGGGGGUUAUAUAAGCUGUAAUCAGUGGUACCAGAGCUCUCUCUGGAUCUGAUACUUGAGGAAUAAAGUGAUAUUCAAGAAUACAAUAGUGGCGACGAGGAUAAAGUGGUGAAAGUGCAAAAGUUAGAGUGAUGCCGCAAAAUCAAGUGCAAAAUCAAGAGCAAAGUCACGCUCAAAAUUCAGCUGGAUCCUGCGUAGGAUUUAUAGAAAAUUAUAUCCCGGAGGAAUCUGGUGAUUUUGAGGAUUACAUUGAGAGGAUGGAGCAGUUUUUCCAUCUAAAUGGAAUUGAGGAAGACAAACGUAAAUGUGCGGCGUUUAUAACGUUUGCUGGGCAGUUAUGUUUAAAGAUUUUGAAGGCAGCGAUUCAGCCUGAGAAAGUGAGCAGCAAAUCUUAUAAAGAUAUCAUUGGAAUACUUAAGGAAAAAUUCGCGCCAAAAAGAAGCGUCACGGCGGAGAGGUUUAAAUUCCAUGAGAGACGGCAACAAGAAGGAGAGAGCAUUAGUGAAUAUGUGAGUGAAUUACAAGUGUUAGCUCAAACUUGUAACUUCGGUAAUUUUCUCAAAGAUGCGCUUAGAGACAAGUUAGUGUGUGGCAUCCAGUCUAAGACAAUCCAAGGCCGACUUUUGGCUGAAGAUAAGAGUUUUGAGGACACAUUAAAGAGAGCAUUGGCUAUGGAGUUAGCUGAAAGAAAUGCACAAUUGAUGCAGCCAUCAGGAGAAAUUGCGGCAAUGUACACUCGGCAGAAAGAGAGAGGUUCAUGGAACAGGAAAACCCGAAAGUUUGAUCGUAGAGAGAGAGAGGAAACUCGUCAAAUUCGUAGCAAGAAGAGGAACAAAUCACCCAUCAAAUGUUUUCGCUGUGGACAAUGGUCUUAUCACAUCGCAGCUGAUUGUACAGCAGCAAGGGGAAAGAGAGGUCGAAAAGAGAGUAGUGGAAUUAACCAGCUGGAAUCAGAAUCAGAGGAGAGCAACAACUCAUCAACAGACAACUUGGAGUACAGAGUCCACACGAUGAGACUGGGUGCGCUGGUAAAAAAGCCACAUUUGUCGGUCGAGGAGACCUAUGGUACCGUAAGUAGUACCAUACAACAAUUAUCCAACAGCGACAGGAAUAUCGCCGAUGGCAAGGUUGCUGGGGUAUGCGCCGCGAACGCCCUUCCAGAUUAUCAAUCCGAGGAUGACGACAAUUUUGAAAAAUGAGCUUGAGAACACAAAAAGGCGGGAGGAGAAGAAGAAGAAGGGAAGGACGAUGGAUUCACAGGGAGAAAAGCAGAAUAUGAAGAAGGGAGCAACUAAGAAUGGGGGGAAAGGACGAUCAUUUGAGAAAGGAGAUCCAAUCCUGUACUUCUAUGGGAGUUCUUGGAUCAAAGGAGUUAUAUUGAAAAAGAUCUCAAAAGUAGUUUAUUUGGUACAACUGGGUAACAAACAUAUGAAAUGUCACAGGGAUCAAUUGAAGGCAUAUAAGCAGAAAGAGUCAUUUGUAGCAGCCAACGGAUCUCAUAAGUCAAGUAUACGAAGAAGUUGUAACGCUCCGCUAUCGCCUGAACUUGAUUAUGAUUCUUUGGAAGACGACGUCUUCUACAGUCCGGAGAAAUUGUUACCCGUUUCGCCUAGUACACCAUUCAGAAGAAGUUCCCGGCUUCGUCAGAAAACGCGAGUGAAUUACAAAGCAUGAAAAAAAUAUAGUUAAUAAUAUUAUGCUGUCAAUGGUUUAAAUUUCUUGAAAUAUUGUUUGUGUUUAAAAAAAGGAGGGAAAAUGUAAUGUAUUGAAAUAUUCAUUGUUAUGGUGGGGGGUUAUAUAAGCUGUAAUCAGUGGUACCAGAGCUCUCUCUGGAUCUGAUACUUGAGGAAUAAAGUGAUAUUCAAGAA